AUGAAGGAGAGUUCGUAUGCGGCGGCACUGGCAAAGUGGCACCGUCAACUUAGAGAGGCUCAUCGCCACCGCGCACUGGAGCGAAAGCAAGUGGAGGCGGAGGAAACACAACGAAACGAGGUCGCUCAUAAUGUGGAGUCUCAUUUCCCUCCCCGCACGGGAUUCCGCUGUCAGCACAUGGUUCACCCCGGCUAUUACGCUGACAUCGAAGAACAAUGCGAGGUGUUUCACGUGUGCACACCCUCGAACGGCCAAAUCUCUUUCUACUGCCCGCAGCACACCCGGUUCAAUCAGAAGUACUUGACCUGCGACUGGAGCGAAAACGUUCAAUGCUCCCUCUCCCCUUACUACUACUACCACAAUUCCCAUUACUGGCACAGACAGUUUCGAUGAGACCACGGACUAGGGAAAAUUUUCUCCGCACACCGUGAUCUGCGCCAUGAUUGGAAGGGAAAUUAUGCAUGCCGAUAACCUUGGGACCGCAUCUAUCAUCUUCAUUAUGGCGCAACCACCUCGCUUGUCGUGACGUGACAAGGGCAUUUUUUACUGUCUCCCUGUCCCCCUUGUUUUUAAUAAUAAAACAGAAUAAGUCC